CUUUUCAUCACUAAGGUUACCGUGCUUCGCUGCGAAUGGUCGUGCGUCAGCUGCAGUUUACAUUCCAAAUAAAAUCAUGAAGGAGUUCGACGAUUUCAACUUCAGCGUUGAGAAAUACACCAAAGACCUCACCCAAGAAUGUGUGGGCGGCAGCGAUUUGCAGCAGCGAAAAAAGGAGAUCGAGGCCUACAACGAAACCACGGCCGCCACUUUGAAGCAAACAUGCAAAAAGAACUACAUGGAGUUCAUCCAGACGGCCAAGGAGAUAUCGCAUCUCGAGUCGGAAAUGUAUCAACUGUCCCACAUUCUGAUUGAGCAGCGCAACAUUUUGGCCACCAUGACGGAUGGCAAGACCUCCAGUCACCUGAAAGCCGAGAGCUUGGAGGCGGAGAGCUCCACGGCGGCGGAGGAGGUGGAGAACAGCCAUGCCACCCGAGCGGUGAAGGAGAUGGUGCAGGGAUUCAACGGCAACCUGGAGGGCAAGACCUUCCUCAACGAGGGAGCGCUCAUUGUGUUGGAUGGCAACGAUUACAGGCCCAUCCAGCGGGUGUUUUUUUUCCUCUUCAACGAUGUGCUGAUUGUCUGCAAAGUCAAGCCUGACAAACGCCUGGACUUCCUCACCGAGUACGAUCCCAAGAAAAUAGCUGUGAUCAACAUCAAGGACCUGGACGGCGUCAAGAACGCCAUUAACAUCAUCACGCCAGAUGGCUCCAAGAUCUACCAGAGCAUAACGGCUGCGGGCAAAACCGAGUGGAUCGAAAAGCUCGAAGAGGCCUUCCGCUUCGACCAGAAAAAGAAGAAGGGUCAGGCACCACAGCCUCCCACUCGGGCCAAACAGCAGUCGAAGGCGAACACGCCGGAAAAGGAGAGCACUCCACAGAGUCCGGCUGAACCCAAGUCCCUGGAGGACGAGACGCCCGAGUGGCUAGGCACGGCCAGCGAGGAGAUUCAAACGUUGGUGGCCCAGCGGCACUUCGAGGAUGCCCAGGAGCUGAUCAAGCGCACCCAGGACUUUUUGCGAAACGAGAGCAGGAAGAAGGUGCCACUGGCGGAGGCCAUCGAGAGCAAGGUGAAGCAGCAGGAGCUGAAGCUGAUCAAUGUGCUGCUCAACGAGCUGUCCAACAGCCACAAUCGCAAUCUGCAAAUCGCUUUGAGGGCGGCCAAGAGACCCCUGAAGAUCCUCGUGGAGAUGGGACGCUAUCGGCAGGCCAGUGCCACUCUGCUGAAGGUCUGCGCUGUUAGCUUGAGGGUGGCACAAAGGGAGGCGCGCAGGAAUAACGCGGAUAUCUCGGAGCUGUUCUUCUGUGAUCUGACGCAGGUGGCCUGCGAUUUCCUCACCGCCUUCGAGCAGCAACCAGCUUGCGUUAGUGCUCUCGUGGUCUGGUGCAAUGCCGAGCUGCAAUACUUUGCCAGCCAGCUGAUCAAGCACUAUCUGACCAAAGGAACCUCCCUGGAGGCGGUGGCCAAGUGCGUGGAGCGUGUGCGCAAGCCUUCGACUAAGCUCACUGAGAUUGGCCUGGACAUCAGCUACCAUUUGGAGGGACUCCUGCGCACCACACUCGAAUCGCUGAUCGAGGAGUCCAAGGAGCGGCUGCUGGACUCCGUGGGUCGCACCGAGGAGAGCUGGCAGCCGUACAACCUGCAGACCAAGUCGAAUCUGAAGCGGCUGCUCCUCGAGCUGGAUGUCCUGGGCAUCGAUGUGCGGGCCCAGGCCACGGGCGACACCUGGAUAAACCUCACCCAGUCGACGGUGGUCUUCAUCAGGCACUUCCUGCAGCUCACCGAGUACUGUGGCUGCCUGGCCAAGUGUGAGACGCUGCUGCAGAGUCUGGAACUCCUGCUGAAGGAGCUGUUUAUAUCUCAACAUUCGCUGAAACCUCCCAGCGACAUGGCCGUGGAUCCCAACUUUGUGAUGAAGAACAAGAUCUUUCUGGUGGACAACCUGCUGCCCAUUGCCAUCGACAAGUUCCGCCAGAUCUCGGGCCGCCAGUGCGAAGGCUUGCGGGAGCUGCACAAGAAAAUGUCCCGCCAGCAGGGUGCCCCAUUGCCGCGCCAGCGAAGUGUCUACACCACAGAUGUGUUUUAAGCGAGAAUUAAUCUAUAAGUAAUGGUUCUCGAGGCAGAACUUUAAAAUAAGAUGAAUUUGGUGUAACACCAAAAGGAUUCGGUUGAUUCCCCGUUUUUAAGGUAGCAAUCCUUGGAGAUUUACUUUCGAUU